GAUUAGGCCGCGAGUUCACCAUCGAAUCAGUCGAGCCCAGGCGGAGCCCUAAUCCAAUCCGAUCUGCUCCGUCGACGCCUCCGCCGCCGUGCAUUAGCUGGCCGUCGACUGCGCCGCCGCCCGCCUCUUCCCGCUUCGCGUUAACUCCUCGCCUCGGUGUCGCGAAUAGGUUCAUUGUUUUACGCGUCGGUCGCCGUCAAAAAAAAGAAAGGAAAGAAAAAGGUGGAUUAGGGUUUUGAUCUGAUCGCCUUUCUACUCGGUCAUGGGCGGGCCCGAUUGCGCCGGAUAUGACCGGACGUUUAAGGUCAGUUUCAGUCAGGAUGGCUUAUCGAGACUGCAUGCGAAGGUAAUGGAGAAGCUUAAAGAGUUCAUGGGCGAUUAUACUGAUGGUACACUCGUGGAUUAUGUUGUAGUUUUGCUUAGGAAUGGUCGUAGCAAAGAUGAAGCUAGGAAGGAGCUGAAUGUGUUUUUGGGGGAUGAUAGUGACACUUUUAUUUCCUGGUUGUGGGAUCAUCUAUCGUCAAAUAUACACUUGUAUACACAACCGAACCAAUCUAUUCCUGAUGAAGUGGCCAAGUCUAAGCCCAUUUCUUGUGUACUGUCUGAAAGGCAGAAUUCUCAGGAGGAUCAGAAAGUUACUGCUCAAACUGAUACGAACACUAGAAAUAGUCAUGGAAGAGGGUGGAAAGGGAAAACAAAGGAUAAUAAUGGAGCAUUUCCUCUUCGGAGUGUGGUGACCAAUAUAUUGCACGCAGAGGAGGAAGUGUCUAGACAAAAUGUUGUUGGGCAGUCACAUUCACCUACAGCUCGCAUUCAGAGAAAACGGAGCAGAGAUGAUGAGCACCCACAGAGAUAUACAGCUUCCUAUCCUGUAAUUGGUGCUCCACGCCGGCUUCUUCAAUUUGCCGUUCGAGAUGCUGUAAAGGCUGUGCAACAGUCAAGUUCUAGGGUUGAGCCAGCUUCGAAAAGACUUUGCUCAGUAAUUUCAACAUGCACUACAAAUUCUCUGUUAGAAGCAAAAUUCCAUAGAAAAUCAGAAUUAAGAGCACCGGGUACUCUAUCAAUUGCUUUGAAAGCUGCCGCUGAAGCUGCUGAAGAUGUAACCAGGGUUAGGCCAGUUGGUAGUGUUUUCAAUAGAUUGGGUCAUGAUGAAAAGAUGGAAGAGAGUGUUAACCGGUUGCCAGUUACUACUGGAUUAGAUCUUGAAGACGGUGAGUAUGAUCCUAUUGAUAAAGUUUCAGAGCCACUGUAUUUGGAUCAUCAUUACAGAAAUGAAUAUGCUAACUUUGAUGACAACAUGACCAUAUUAGAGAAAGAGACUGAUGUGGCUGAUGAUUUUGUUUUAGAUAAUAAUGAAUGUGAUGGUGUUGUUGAUGUUAGCCACCUUAGCCAGCCAGAUCAAGAUUCACUGCUAGGCACUUCAUCUUCUAAUAGAGAUGUGAAGUCAAUGAUCAUGCAACCUCAUGCUGUAGCUGAAGAAAUAUCAAAUAAAAGAUUGUUGGAGCAGGAACAUGGCACUGGUCCACUAGCUUUGACAUCCAAGAAGAUUAUGAGUACUUCUGCUAACGAAACACAUAAACAUAUCCAUUAUCUAGUUGCCAGUGAUGAUCCCAAGGUAGAGAAUCAAGUCGCUGCAAGAAACAGUGAAGGUGCAGGAAGCCAGAAUGUCAACUUUCUAAAGGACAAUGAUGUUUUCUCGUCUCAGAAUAUGACAGAAACUAAACAUGCAGAUCAAAGGCAAUCUACUCAGAAACAAUUAUUGGUACCAGGUUCAUAUGUUACUGGCCGUCCUUUGGACGAUGGAGAUUCUCGAACUCUAUUUGUUAGCAAUGUUCACUUUGCUGCAACUAAAGAUACACUUUCUCGUCAUUUCAACAAGUUCGGAGACGUGCUUAAAGUAAUCAUCAUCACAGAUGCUACUACUGGUCAACCCACAGGGUCUGCAUAUGUUGAAUUCCUAAAGAAAGAAUCGGCAGAUUCAGCAUUGUCAUUGAACGGCACUUCAUUUAUGUCCCGGAUUCUGAAGGUUGUUCGCAGAAGCUCUUAUGAAGCUGCUCCUGUGUUACCGUGGCCACGCAUGGCUCAUGCACCACCAUUUCCUUCUCGACUUGGCCGAAGGCCAUAUCCGCGAGGCCUACUUCUUAGUACCUUCAGAGGACGCCUGCCAAUCAAACCUGGCGCCAGGAGCUUGCAAUGGAAGCGUGGAACGUCGACCGUGCCCUCAGGCUCAGGAGAGGAUGCUAAACCUUCUCAAACAUCCGAUGUGCAGUCUCCAACAGCUAGGAGUCUCACUUAUGUUCGGACUGCCCCCAAACCUGCUGCUGGGCUCUCCGGUUCAAAUUAGCUCGUUUCAUCUGCGCGGUUGCCACUUUUUGCUACAUUUUGACUCUGUUUUGCCGAUGCGAAACAAAGUGCAGGGAUCUGAAAGUUAGCCAGAACCUAUAUAGACUGAUUAGCAAGCGAUUACAGAUCUAAGCUUUUUAGGAUGAGUCAAUUCAUUCAACUUUUUGUUGCUCAUCCGUCAAUUGCAUCGGUUAGUCGUGCCUAGAAAUGUUUCUGUAAAUAAAAGGAAGUCUCACAGUUGGAUCAUUUUUUAGCGCCCUCUUGACAAUUUGGUAUCAUUAUACUCCUUGAAUUCGA